GUCCCAUGGUCCGGUCAGACGGUCAGACCAGCUUCCUUUCCGCUCUCCGCUAAUUUUAAUCCUGACGCAAAGAUGUGAGAGUGGACCCGUGACUCUCGGUUCGCCGCAAAGGUCGGAGAGAGCGGAGGCGGCGGAUCUGGUUGGCAUUUCACUAUAACACCCUAAAAGGAAUCGAAAGAGAGGAAUUUCAGAAGAUUUGGCAGCCCCAGAAGAUGCCUGUGAGCUAAUAUGCGAGCAAAUGGGACAAUGUGAAACAACAAGUGAGCAGCCUGUUGUUCUUCCCUCCGAUACACAGGAUUCUCCCGGGAUGUACGAGGUGGGGGACGUGACCGUGCUGCCCCCCACCCCCUCAGCCUCUCCUCAGGACAGACCCACACACGAGAACAGGACUCUGACCAGACUCUACUGCAAGAACGGAGGAUACCACCUGAGAAUCACUCCAGAGGGCAGAGUGAGCGGGGGCAGGCAGGACAAUGACCCCUAUGAUGUGCUGAGGCUGAGGGCUGUGAGUGUGGGGGUGGUGGUGAUAAAGGGGGAGCACAGUGGACGGUACCUGGCCAUGGACACAGAGGGACGCCUGUACGGAGCUGUAUCUCUAAACGACGAAUGCCACUUCAUUGAGACGUACGAGGAGAAUCAUUACAACACGUACCGCUCGCAGAAGCUGGGAUGGUACGUGGGACUCAAGAAGAACGGCCAGCCCAAACCGGGACAGGACACUCAUCUGGGGCAGAAGGCCGUGUUCUUCUUGCCCAGGCCUGUCUGAAGAACCAGCACGUACA